AUGUCUGGCCAUAAUCCGGAAACUCUGUUUUCCUUUGAGCUUUUGGUGGAAUACAUCCGGCUGGAGAGACGCUGCAAAGUUUCAGAUGAGCUGGCUCUGGGAGUGCGAUUACUGGACUUCCCAACGCUGCUGAUUUAUCAGCCUCAGAGGAGCGGCGAGCAGAGAGAGGAGGAAGAGGAGGAGGAGGAAAAGGUGGUGGGGGACCACAUCUUCAGCAGAGGCAAAUGCUGCUUCUUCAAAAUGAACAUGGACGCCCUGCACGCGCACCUGUGCACCAGCCCCCUGUACGUCAUGGUCCUGGAUGUGGCGGAGGACACCCCCAGAUUGGUCGGCUCGUCUCUUGUGUCUCUGUCCAGAGCGAUGGACCGGAUCAGGCAGGAUGUGAGCCGGCGUGGGUUCCACCACGCUUCCUCCCACAGAGAACGGGGGCUUGUCGGCGUCUCCGACCUGGCGGGGGAGAGAAUCGGAGCCGUGUCUCUGAGUUACAAGCUGGCGUGUCUGGGAGCGAGUUUGCUGCCACACAUCACAGCAUCCCAAAGCACGAGCGCGCCGGAAGGACAACAGCAAGAGCGUGUCAAGGGGAAAAACAGAUCCGCUGAGUCCCUGCCUCCGGGCCGUCCUCCCAAAGUGGACGAGUCGGACUCUGACAUCCGAACCAGUGGACGCGCGGGGCCUAAAAUCUUAGAUGGCAACGGUGAUGACGACGCUGUGCGCGUCCCAGCUGAAAGUCAAAGCCAUUUGGAGGAGGAUUCAGCUGUGUUCCGCCCCCCUCAUCUCUACUUCUGUAACACUGCACAGGAGAGAAACUCACACGUGGAGAGGGCCCACCCAUCCCUCAAUCCAAACGUGGACCUGUUUGCAUUUGAAGACUCGUGCUCAGAGGGGGAGGAGAGUGUAAAGAGAGCUGAGGGUUCCGGUUCUCCUGGAGUGCAUCAGAAAGUGACACACACAGAAGCCCCGGAGACAAGUGGGGCGACCCCACGCGUCCUCAGGGACGCUCUGAGGCAGCUGCCUCUGUUAAACGCUCUCAUCAGUGAGCUGUCCCAGUUGAGUGGCCAAAGCCACGGCCAGUGCUCGGCCGCCCGUCCCGGUCAGGCGUGGGUCGGCGGGGCCGAGCCGGCAGCUGGACGCGGAAACACGACACGGCCCCCAGAAAUCAACACCGUUCACAAGAGCAGACGGCCAACCGGAGCUGAUACCAAGUCCCUCCACCCCCCCAGAAGCUGCUCUACGCCCAUAUAUAACCCCGCACAAUUGAAAGACAACCAAGAACAUGCUUUGAACGGGGAUAAGAGGCCCAGUAAAUGCCAGAGGAAGACGCUUGUGUACGGAACCACCAAAACCUUCAACCUACGGCUGAAGCAAAUCGCUCCUCUCAGGGUGAAACGGCGCGAGUGCGUGGAGUUAAUGCGUGAUCAAGCUCAGUCAGGGAAAGCCAAAGGGAAGACCAAGCCAAGGCGGAAAACUCCCAAUGGCAGCAGAAGAACACAGGCAUCCAAUCAGAACCCCGGCCUCAAUGAAAAUAUCCAGACUGUGAUGCAGAGCGUCCCAGUGGAGUCGCAGCCACAAGAAGCUCCAAAAACCCCAGACAGUGUCUCAGGCAGAGUUCUGACGGGACUCUCUCAGAGAGAGCUGGGAUGCAUUCGCAUCCCCGCUGUUCACAGUGACGGCGUUCCCCGGGGACAAUUCCAGAGCCAAUCAGAUCUAUCCGAGCCUGGAUCUGACAGGGACAGCCGCAAUAUUGAAUCUUCGCAAAGCAGCACAGGCGGCAGCCCCCGUUCCUGGUUUUCAAAUUCCAGCACAGAAGGAAAAACAGAAGCGGACUACGCUGAUGACUUUGACAGUCUGGAAUCCGACAACUCCCGCUCGCCUGAACCCACCUGCAGCCCCGAGCCCCCGAAGGCCGAAACGUCUGAUGCUCCCGUUCUCCCUAAACUCUCCAGUAACUUAAACUCAAGAUGUGAAGGUGUGCAGAAGAGACCAGCGCCCCUCCCCGUGCCCGUGAGAGCCCCCAGCUCUCCACACAGGUCUCUGAUGGGUACGCACAUCAUCCGGCCCCGCGUCCACAGCUCAGCCAUCAGCCUCUCCUCUGACGACGACCACAAAGACGGGAGCGCUUCCGUACACACGGCCUUCUCCAGGAAGCGGACGACUGAAAGUCACAAAGCGGAGCAAAGCUCCUGUGACGAGAGCUUUACGCUCAGGAGUCAAAGGAGUGUGUCCACUGAGGACAGAAACUCUGUCCACAGAUUAUCCGCAGAAUCCAUGUCCUCCUCUGAAGCUCAGGAGGCAGAGGAACUAGAGGAUGAACUUGGAUCUUUGGAUUUUAGAAAGGAGUACAAACAUAUCUCUGAGCUUGUGGCCAACAAACUUCCUGGCUACACGAUGUAA